AUGGAGUCUAAAAUUGGAUCAACGAUUGAGUCUGUUGGAAGUCUAUUUAGUGUUGCCAAAAAUGAAGUGCAAAACUCUGUUGAUGAGUCUAAAAGAAAUGGAGAAGUGAAUGUGAAUGUUGUCAUGAUUUGCAUAAGGAAAGUGGAUGCUACUGUUGCUGAGGCAAAGAAACAAAUAGACAGUGAUCUCCAUGCAAAAGAUAAAUCAUGCAUGAUAUACUUUCUCAAUUUACGAUUUAGGAACCAGCUGAGCAAGAAAGCAGAAAAGAUGACACAAGAGAUUCUAAAGGUCCAAGCUGAAAAUAAUUUUGAAAAAAUUUCAUACCCAAGAGAAUUUAAACCAUCAAUGCUGAAAGAGAUUCAACAAGCGUUGAAAGAUCUCAACUACUACAUAAUUGGGUUGUAUGGGAUUGAUGGUGUGGGCAAAACAACACUGGUGAAAGAGUUGGCUCGGGAAGUUGAGAAAGAUGGUUCUUUUGAUGCUGUAGCUAUGGCUGAGGUAACAGAGUAUCCAGAUGUGGAAAAUAUUCAAGGCCAGAUUGCUAAUGCGUUGGGUCUGGAAUUUGGUGCAGAGACUAAAGAAGAGAGAGUGGAAAAAUUGCAAGUGGGGAUUCCUUUUGGUGAUGACCACAAAGGAUGCAAGUUGUUGGCGUCUGAACAUCGAAAUGUGCUUAAACGUCUGAUGGGUGAUGAAGUCAAUGAGAGCAGCACAAAAGUUAUCGCACAAGAAGUGGUCAAAUGUUGUAGAGGUUUGCCCCUUUUACUAGUUGCUGUAGCAAAGGCUUUGCAAGGAAAAGAUGUCUCUGUUUGGGAUGAUGCCUUAAAACAAUUGAAGGGAUUGGAUGAACUAGGGUUUCUUAAUGAAGUUGUCUGUCCUUUGGAUUUAUGUUAUGAUUUUUUAGAUAACUACGAAUUACAGUCUUUGUUCUUAUUCAUUGUUUCAUUUGGACCUGGCCGAAUCCACACUGGAGAAUAUGGAGAUUCUCAAUCACUAACAGAGGCAAGAAAUAAAUAUUAUAAAUUAAUAGAUGAUCUUAGGGCCUCUUCAUUGUUGAUUGAAGAUGGAACUGAGUAUGUUAGAAUGCAUGAUGUUGUUCGUGAUAUGGCUAAAGCAAUUGCCUCAAGGUCUCACCUGACUUGUGAAAUGGAGCUUCCUGAGAAGCUGGAUUGCCCACAGUUGAAGGUAAUGUCACUAAGAAGAAAUCAUGGCUUCUUAAUUUACAUGGAAUGA